CCGCAGCAGGUCCGCACCCGAUCCCAUUCCCCAGCAUAUUACGGGCGUCCCUCCACUUUCCCCUUCGCGCGACCUCCUCCUCCUCACAAUUCCCCAAUUCACAACCCCCCUCCCCGUUCGGGAACACGCGCUAAUCGGAGCACCACGAGCAACAGAAAUGGCGGCCAAGUGCGCUGCCGCCGCGGCCGAUCUGGCCACCGGCCGCCCCCGCAAGCGCCCGAGGCUUGGCUGGGACGUGGCGCCGGCUGCCGAGGCUCAGAUAGGAACAUUUUGUGGGCAAGAAGUUGGUGGUGUGGCCAGCCUGCUAUUAUCAGCAAAUCAUUCCGACCAUACUUGUUCGUCUCUGCUCCCGAAGGGUGUGGCUCGAAAUGCUUCCCCUCCUUGGAGAGAAGACGAUAAAGAUGGCCAUUACGUAUUUGCUGUCGGAGAGAAUUUGACCUCUCGCUACAAAAUAUACAGAAAAAUGGGUGAAGGUACAUUUGGUCAGGUACUGGAAUGUUGGGACCGAGAAAGCAAAGAGAUGGUGGCUAUUAAAGUUAUUCGUUCUGUACAGAAGUACAGUGAUGCAGCAAUGAUAGAGAUUGAUGUCCUACAGAAGCUUGCAAGAAACGAUGCAUCAGGCAAACAGCUACAUGCUUACAAGUGUUUUUGCAGUUGUGUUCAAAUACGGAACUGGUUUGACUAUCGUAGCCAUAUUUGUAUUGUCUGCGAGAAGCUUGGCCCAAGCUUAUAUGAUUUUCUGCGGAAAACUGGCUACCGCCCAUUCCCAAUUGAUCUAGUUCGCCAGAUUGGAGAGCAACUUUUGGAAUCUGUUGCAUUUAUGCAUCGUCUGCAGCUAAUUCAUACUGAUCUGAAACCAGAGAACAUCCUUCUUGUUUCUUCGGAUUAUGUCAAGUUACCUGAUUCUAAGGAUGGAUCAUUCUCAAGGAAACUGCCAAAAUCAAGUGCCAUCAAGUUGAUUGACUUUGGAAGUGCAGCAUACCAUCACCAGGACCGCAGCUACAUUGUAUCUACUAGGCACUAUCGAGCCCCUGAAGUUAUUUUGGGGCAUGGAUGGAGCUACCCAUGUGAUAUUUGGAGUGUUGGUUGUAUACUUGUUGAGCUUUGCUCGGGUGAGACGCUGUUCCAAACCCACGAGAACUUGGAACACCUGGCAAUGAUGGAGAGAGUUUUAGGGUCUCUUCCACGGCACAUGCUGGAAAAAGCAGACCAACAUGCAGAGAAGUACGUCAGAAGAGGAAAAUUGAACUGGCCAGAAGGGGCAACAACAAGGGAGAGCAUUAGAGCUGUUCUCAAAUUGCCUCGCCUCCAGAACCUGGUGAUGCAGCACGUGGAUCACUCUGCUGGGGAUUUCAUUGACCUGCUGAAGCGCCUUCUCGCUUAUGAGCCCUCAGCUAGGUUGACUGCUGAAGAAGCAUUGAGUCAUGGUUUCUUCACAAGAUAUGGUGAAAGGAGGUCUCUAUGACAUCUCCGAUUCUGAAGAAGCGUUCAGUCAUGGCUUCUUCACAAAAUCACGAGAUAUGGCAAUAGGCAGUCGCUAUGACAUCUCUGAUGAUGCUACGCUACAUUCAUCUGACUAAAAACUGAUGAAAGAACUAGCUAUGAGGGUUCAAAGGCUAGUGACGCCGCCAAGAAUUCAGAUGGUAUCUAAACAAGUGCUGGUAGAAAAAGUAGCUUGUAUGUUGUGAAUUGUGAUUGCAUGGAAAGAAACUGUAAAGCUCAUUUGCUCUUCGCCGUUGUAAGUGUGUAUGAAGAGUGCGGUUAAGUUUCUCAAUCAGCUUACAAAUUGUUCCGCAUAAUGCAGCUGCAAGUUUAUAAAUAUCAAGCUCUCGAAGAAAGUUUAUACAACUA